CCAAAAGUGGGAGAAUUAAUACUAAAGCGACUCAUCAUUCAGUUCCGCAAAAGUUACCGAAGAAAUGACAAACAGGUGUGCAUUACGUCCACCAGAUUUAUCGCACAUCUCGUCAAUCAACAAGUGGCUCACGAAGUCGUGGCCUUAGAGAUACUGACACUUCUGUUGGAGAACGCGACCAACGAUUCCGUGGAGGUGUCCAUCGCUUUCCUCAAAGAGUGCGGCUCUAAGUUAGACGAACUCUCCCGACGCGGCUUCUCCGCCAUAUUCGAGAGGUUGCGGAAUAUCCUACACGAGGGACACUUGGAUAAGAGGGUGCAGUAUAUGAUUGAAGUGAUGUUCGCCAUCAGGAAAGACAAGUUCAAAGACCACCCGUCAGUGAUUCCAGAGCUGGACCUGAUUGAGGAGUCGGAACAGUUCACGCAUUUGAUUACAUUAGACGAACCGGCGGACAACGAAGAAAAACUCAAUGUCUUUCAGUUCGACCAGAACUUCGAGGAAAACGAAGAGAAAUACAAAGCCAUCAGAAAAGAGAUUUUAGACGACGAGACCACUGAUGACGACGACGACGGCGACGAGUCGUCCGGUGAAGACUCGGACGAUGAGGACGAGGAGGCGGCCGAAGCGACCGACUCGACCGCAAUCAUCGACAACACGGAGACCACGUUAAGAACGCUUCGGCGCGAUAUAUACCUCACAAUCCAA